AUGUCUGAAAAUGAAGGUGGCAGGGAAUACCGGCAUAGUUCGGAGAAUAACAAGCAUGGCCAAAGUUCUGCCUUGGAGCUGGGCCCUAGGAAAAAACUGGAACGUAAAAAACAAGCUGUAUAUUUAGAGCUGCUUAAAAUUAUUCCAAGGCUGGAGAAUGAUUUGAUGAGAGAAGAUUACUCUGGGGAAGAAAUAAUCCAUAUUGCCAACUUGAUUCAAAAAGGUGCCAAUGGGGCUAGGGCAGAUGAUACAAAAUGUCUUAAAGGCACGGCAUUGAUCGGAUCACUCAUAAAGGCGUUCAAGCAUAUUUUUACAUUGCUCAGCUCCAUCAAUGAAGAGCCCAAGGCCACACGCUCUGAGAAUGCCUGUAUAAAGGGCAUGCAUGCUGUAACAAGAGCCUCCAUUGCCUACAUGGCUACACAAGUGUUUUCACCAACAUAUCUUACCACUGAUUCCGAGCAUUUCUACAACAGCAUCCUGACUUUGUUGGAUGAUCCAGAGGAGUGUGUUGAAGUCAAGUCUUUGAUGAAUUGGUGGAAUUGUGCACUCGCAAAAAUUUGUGAGCGGCGAGCUGCUUUGAGGGGUUGGGGCAUAGGCUUAGCAUGA